GGUUGCUCCGAGAGUCAGGUGAGGCGGAAGUGAAGAGGAGAGGAGAGAGGCUCGCGCGGCUCACCUGUCGUCAGGUACACAUCCAGAGGAGCAGAUAAGAAGGAAAACAUGAGCAACCCCAUCCCGUCCAACCUCAAGUCCGAGGCCAAGAAAGCCGCCAAGAUCCUGAGAGAGUUCACUGAGAUCUCAAACCGGAACGGACCGGACAAGCUCAUCCCAGCUCAUGUGAUCGCCAAGGCCGAAGGUUUGGCCAUCAUCUCCGUCAUCAAGGCCGGGUUCAUGAUCACCGCCAGAGGAGGCAGCGGCAUCGUCAUCGCCAGACUCCCUGACAGACGGUGGUCGGCACCGUCGGCCAUCGGCAUCGCUGGUCUGGGCGGAGGAUUCGAGAUCGGCGUGGAGGUGUCGGACCUGGUGAUCAUCCUGAACCAGCGCCGGGCCAUCGAGGCGUUUACGAAGGGCGGGAACUUGACGCUGGGUGGGAACUGCACGGUGGCAGUGGGGCCGAUGGGCCGGAACGUGGAGGCCGACGUGGCUCUGCGCAGCACGGCGGCCGUCUUCACCUACUGCAGGUCCAGAGGGUUGUUUGCUGGGAUUUCUUUGGAGGGAUCCUACCUGAUCGAACGCAAAGAAACCAACCGCAAGUUCUACGGCCUGGACAUCCGAGCAUCGGCCAUUUUGAACGGUGACGUGGAGCCACCGUCGGAGUGCUACGACCUCUACCACAUACUGGACGCCUACACCGAGGCCUACGCCGCCGACUGGACCAGCAAGAACCCCAGGGUGAAGUCGAUUCCUCCGUCCAGACCUCCAGCUCCUCCACAGCAAAGACUCCCCAGCAGCUUCCAGAAGCCAGCCGCCGGAGCAGGAAGCAAAAACUCUCUCUACCCGAGCAUCUCCAUCUACAAAUCUGAAACCUCCGGUCAGUUCGCCUCCAGAAACUCUCAGAACUCCGGCGGAGCGGCGUUGGUGGGUGGAGCCAGCGGCCUGCUGGUCGUCACGGCAACCCACCCGUACACGGGGCAGCAGCCCGGCGACCUGAGCUUCGUCCCAGGUGACCGGAUCACCGUCAUCACCCAGACCGAGUCCCAGUAUGACUGGUGGGAGGGCCGACUGGAGGACGGACGCGUCGGCAUCUUCCCCGCAAACUUUGUCUCAUUCUGACGUCGCCCCCUGUGGCCUGACUGAGGAACUGCAGCCGGGCAAAUACCAAAACAAACACUGCAAGACUUCUGGUACCGACUUUAAAACUAAAUUCAGGUGCAUUGAUUCAUACAUUUAGUUGUUAUUGUUGAAGAUAAACAAAUAUUUCUGAAUCAUUAAGUACAAAAAUGUAUUAAAAACUCAGUAAAUGUUCACAAAUUUCUGAACAAAGCCUUAAAUAUUGCCUGAAAAUGUGUGAAUAUUUGCAUGAAUGAACAAAUCUGAUGCUAAAUAUUCACUAAAACUUCUAAUAGAUGCUUGUAGAUGUGAUCAUUUCUGGGUUGGAGACAAAACAUGACAUUUGAUGGAGUUUUUAAUGUUACACACCAAAUCCAGAGGCGACUAAUUUUAUAAUUUCUGAGAAAAAAACAUGAAAUUUGUUAGAAAAGUCAGAGAAAAUUUGAGUCACGGCUUCAGUUAAACCAAAGCAAAUGUUGAGUUAUGCUAAAUUUACCAUCAGAAACAUCAUUUUGUCAUUUCUUACUAAUUAAAAAGAGCUGCAUUUACACAGAGCUGACGUUUCUACGUGACCUGUACCGACCACAAGACUCUGGAGCUACGUUAGCUUUAAAAUAAUCAGAUGUUAGUUCAUUUAAAACCAACAGUUCCACUUGGAUUUAGUUACUUUACUGUUAAAAAGACACAAAAAGCUUCACAACAAAGUUCACGGCUGUUUGUUAUUUACAAGGUUGUGAUGAUGAUGAUGAUGUAUAACAGUUUACAGCCUGAUGAAGGAUUCUGGAGAGAAUUUAUCUCAAAUAUCAGAGAAAAUAUUCAUUUUUUCUUUCUUGUAUUUUCACAUAUGUUGACAUAAAACAGUAUUUCAGUCUUCUGUUACUCUUCCCACCUUUAAAAAGUUGUUUAUUGACACUUUUCUCUGUAAUUGUAACGGUGGUUUUUAUAUGGUAGUGGGACCAUUCUGUCAGGAAAGCAAUAAUGUGGUGUU